AUGACAACAGAAUACGAUACCGAGGACGGUUUGUCUGGUCCGGAGCUUUUUAACAAAGGCGAAGGGCUCACUUACAAGUACGCAUACCAAUAUCUACCUAAUAAUUUGAUUCCCUUGUCAUAAGUGCCUAAUACCUAAAACUAAUAAUAAUAUAUCAAUAUACUGGAUUCUUGUUAUUAAUUAAUUUCGUAUAAUUAUUCACGUAUAAUAUUUAUAUUUGUACCUAUAAUUGUUAUUAACAUAUGUUAACAAUGUACUAGGUAUCUAGCUAACACGAAUUGCAUAAGUACCUACUUACCUAAUAUUUUAUAUACUUUUCUUUUAUCCAUUUUUAAAACUUACCAAUCAGCAUUUGCAUCCACCAUUUGCACAUCCUUCUUAACUUGGUCCUCCUACCUUAGUCAUGGAUGCUCCAGAAGUCUCUUACCUUGUGGUGUCCCACACUGAACUAUCCGAACUAUGUUCCCUCUUUUCUCUAUACAUGUCUUGCUCAUUGGAGUCUUCCUUUUUUGUUUCUCUAUUGGGCCUUUACCAGGUAUACAUGUUAAAUUAUUUCAUGACCCAUCCUCUCAUGAAUCAUAUACUCCUUUUUUCAGUAUUUUUAAACCUACUUUUUUGCCAUUUCUAAUAAAUUUCCCCCUUGUUUCAUGAGAUUUUCCUUACAUUCCACCAGUAAAACUAUGUCCCCUGUGUAGGCCAAAACUUUUAUUAUGCAAUCACCUGAUUGUACUUUGUUAUUUUCAAUAUAGCUCUUCCUGAUGACUUUUUCUAUUGCUAAUUAAGUAGUUAAGGUGACAAAACAUCACCUCGUCUCAAACUUGUGAUACAAUAUUGACAACUUUGAUAUUGAUUUCCGUUUGUAGGUUGUUUGCUUUUAUCAAUUUAAUUAAUUUCAGGAGAAGUUUGAAUUGUAUCAGUAUAUUAAAGAGAAAUUCUUUGUGUAUAUAAUAAUACGCCUUCUUGAAUGACAAAUAAUACUUGUUCUUCACUGUUAAACUCCACAUUUUCUAGAAAAUUUAUUUCAAAAUAAAUAUCUUGCCUGUAGUAGUUCUGUUUUGUUUAAAAUUUACUUGAUAAUCCCCUAAAAUGUUUUCUGCCCACGGCUUGAUUCUACUUAGUAUAUACUUAGAUAGAACUUUAUAAGUAUGGUUGGGACUUAAAUGCUCUCAAAAAUCUCAAAAGAUGCAUUGUAUAAAUUACUUAAAAUUUAUCAAAAAGAGCUUAAAAAAAAUUAUUAGAAAUUAAAAAAAAAAAGUUUUACUGAUGGCUAGAUCUCAUUGACUUGUGACUUCUUUUAAUCUGAAAACAAUUUUUUUCAUCAAUUAUUAAAUUUCUUUUAAUAGGUUUGGAUCAAAAAUAUAUAUUAUUAAUAUAAUAUAUUUACCUGUACAUUCUGAAUUGUUACACUGAACCACAAGAGCUUGUUUCAGAUUUUCAAAUAAAAAUGAUCUAUUGUCCAUCAGUAAGUUCUUAAAGACUGAAAAGUUCUUUUCAACAUUUGAAUCAAACUGAAGUAGGUAACAAUUGAAUAUUUUAAGUGUGCCAAAUCAUUCACUGUAAGGUCAUCCGUGAUUUCAUUUGUUAUGUGUGUUUGACUGCUCAAAAUAUCUAGUAUAUCUACUAAAUUAUAUCAUCAGACAUCGAUUUUACCGAUUUAAUAUUUAGUAAUUCUAAAUAUACCAUGUUAGUUUUAUCAUAGACUCUGCCACUCGUUAUCUAUGUUUUGACAUUCCAACCAUUGUCCACCAAUAAUAUAACAGGAAUUACGAGUAUCUACUUUAUAAAUUGUUAACUUCAGAUAAUAAUCAAAAAUAAAAUUUCAAAUUCAUUUUUUUUAUAUCCAAAAACUUCAAAAAUGAUCCUAAAAUUCAAAAAAUGCAAAACAAAUUUUCUUAUUCUCAUUCAAAUCACAUGGUACAAAUUUGUGACAACAUGUGCAUUAAACAGUAACUUUUAGAAAAAAAUGCAAAAUGCAUUGAAAUCCCAACCUUAUUUAUAAGUAAUGCUUAAUAAAGUGAUGCCUCUUUAAUUAUCACAUAACUGCUUUUCGGGUUUUGUUGUGUGUAGGAUAUAUCAGCACUGUUUCCCAUUCUGCUGGGAUUUUGCUUGAUUUUCCCAAAUUUCUUUUAUUAGUCUAACUACAUAGUUAAACAGACUAGUUCCCACACUAUUGAGUAAUUCUCCAAGAAAACCGUUUUCUCCAGCAAAUAAAAAUUCAGUGACCGAAAUUCAAAUUUACUUCUCCAAUGUGCAAAUAAAAUAUUAGUAAUAAAUAUAACUAUGAUCUAUGAAAAUUAAUUUGUCAAUGAACAAACAAAAAUGUUUUUAUUCAUGAAAUAAAAGAGCCUAGUUAUAGUUCAAGUUUGUUUCUUGAAAAUUGAAAAUUUGCAUGUCCAGCUCAUCUAAAAUGAAUGCAUUCUUUCACAUCAUAAAAAAUGUUCUAUGAAAACCAAAAUUUUGAAUAAUGGUAACGUAAAUCAAAUGUUGCUAGGUAAUUAAAUCAAAAAUACUUAUAGUUGGUUAUAAUUUUUUAUAUUUAACUGGUUAAAUUAAAUGAGUUUGUCUAUCUUUAAGAUUACCAUUUACUGAUGAAUUAAUUAAUUAAUUACUCUAUUUGGGUCAAGAAAACAGUAAUCCAAUAGGUUAAUAUACCUACUUAUUUGUUUACAACAUUUAAAUUGUAAAUAUUGUUUGUCUUAAUUUUACUAAACAAAGAUAAGUGGACCAUGUUGUUGGAUUAGCAAGUUAAUGGUUAAUAAGGAGUAAAUGGGGUAAACCUAGUACAUUGGUUUUUUUUUUUUUUUUAUUAGUAAUUUAUACAUGGAUUAUUUAAUUUAUUUAGUGAAUUGUUUUACCAUAAUAGUAUGUGUUAUUUAUUUAUUGUUGUUGAUACACCUACCUAGUGAUUUGUUUAAGUGGAUACACUCAUUAUCUCAGAAAGUAUUAACAUUUUUCGGAAUUUAUUUUCUAGAACAUUUAAAAAACAACCAACGCUACAAUUCUAUAUUUAUGUUAUUUCUUGUUACCUUUUUUUUUUUUGAGGAGGGGUGGUGGUAAAAUUACUACCUACAUUUGAUUUUCAAAUAACAAUUUAUAUUAAAAAUAGAUUGAGAAUUAGUUAAAAUAAAUUUUAGUAUUAGAACUUUUGAUUUUUGUUAACUCAUUAAAGAGAUAUUUCACUUUAAUUUUAAGUUAGAGUAGAGUAGAAAUGCAUUAUUAAUACGCUGUACCAUCACACAAAUGAUACUCCACUACUCUCCUCCAACCCAAACUUAAAAGUAGAAUAUUUCGUUAAUGGAUUAAUGGAAAUUAGUGGUUUUAUCCCAAAACAUAUUGUUGACAAAAAAUAGCAUAAAUAUAAAAUUGUAUAACAGCUUGUUUCUUAAAUGUUUUAGAAAACAAAUUCCGGAAAAAAUUAAUAUUUUCCCAUUUUGUGUACCCAUUAAAUAAAUCACCUGGUAUAUAUACCUGAUAAAUAAUAAUAAUAAUACUUAUUAUUUAUUGUAUUAUACCCUUUAUUAUACAGUACUGCUAUAAAUCUACUUUAGUAUAUUACAUUUUUCUGUUUCAGUGACUUUAUAUUAUUACCGGGUUUUAUUGAUUUUGCAGCUGAAUGUGUUGUAAGUUUUCAUUUGUUUCUAUCAUAUAAUAGUUUCUUAUUACUAAUACCAUUAUCUUUAAUAGGAGGGUAUUGUGAAUUAUGAUACACAGAAGAAGCCAAAUAAAAGUUUUAUUUUUUGGUAUCUAUUUUAUUAGAAAAAUAAUUUCUUUUAUUUAAUUAGUUACAAAUACUACAUUUUAAAUUUUAAUCUCAUUAUUAUCGUGAUUAUAAUCACUAAUUUUUAGUUUGUAUGGAAUUUAUUGGUAUUUGUCCCAGUUUAAUAUACUUAACUUUGUUACCAUAUAUAUAAGUCAAUAUGUCAUAUGCAUAAUAAUAAUAAUAAAAGACAAAUAUUAAGUGGUAUAAAAUAAAAAGUAAGAAGAGAAAGAGAAAAACUAAUACAUAAGACAUAUUUUAAAUACGUACAUAUUAAAUAAAGAUCAGAAGAAAAUGUACAAACUAAUUUGAUCUAAAUUUAGCACAUUUAAAUAUUGUUUAAAGUGAUACUGGCUAAAGAACAAUGACAAAUUAAUAUUAAGUUUUGCGUAUAGGUAAAUACAAACGUUUUAACAACUGUUUUUCUAACAAAUUCUUUAUGGAUUACUAGCAUAUUCAGAUCAACUCUUUGUUUAUGGUGUGUAUAGUAAGUAUGAGGUGGCGAAUAAUUUUUAAGUCUAAAUCAUAAAUUUAGCUUAGUACAUUCAAUAAAUAUAAACUAUUUAAAAUUUUUACAUUGAGAGUUUUUGUAAAGAUCAACAUGAAAAUCAUAAAAUUUACAAAGAAUAAAUCUCAAAAGGGAAUUUAGCGUGUUAAUAAGUGGAUUUAGAGCUUGAUUAGAUGUAUUUUCCCAAAUUACUAUACCAUCACUAACAAUGGACUGGGCUAAAGUCAGAUAAACUAAAUGUAACAUUUUAAAUUAAGGAUAUUUUUAAGCAGUUUAAAUUUAAAAACAAUUUCCACACAAUACCUACUACAUAAUUUAUAUGUAAAGAUCAUCUCAAAUUUUUAUCAAAAAUCAUUCAGAUAUUUAAUAGAUUCAACAUACUCAAGGUACUUAUCACAUGUACAGGAUGCUAAAGACUGAUUACAAUAUGAGUAGUGAAAUUUUAAAGGAUUAUAAGUCAAAUUGUUAUUAUUUUUAAUAUAAAAAUACAUGUAUUUAGAUAUACAAAUAUUUAGUUCUAAUAAAUUAUUUUCAAACCAGUUUACAGUCAAACCUAUAAUUUCAUUUAAGACACACCAAGUAAAUUUAGAAUUUGCUUUUAAAAUUUCAUCUUGAAAAUAUAAUAUUGGUGAUUUCUUGAUAACUGUUUCUAGUAGGUUUUCAUGUAAAUUAGAAAAUUAUCAGCAAAAAGUGGUUUUUUGGUGUAUAUUUUUUCUUUGGUAUUUAUAAACACUAAAAUACCCAUUGUUAUCCAUUUUUUUUUUUUUAAUCAAACAAAUUUACGAUAGUUUUUUGUUUUCAUAUCUUUGUUGUAUUAAUAAUAAAAUUAUUUAUUUUAUCAUUGAACAUAGAUACAGUUUCAUUAGUAAAUAGAUUUUUAAAAAGAUCACCCCAAUUUUCUUUAUAUAAUAAUAAAUUUAAUUUGUUAUAGUCUAUCUUUCUUAUUGUAUUAGUACCUAAUGUAAAAUUUUUAAUAAACUUAUUAUUCCUAAAACAAAUAUCUAUAAAGUACCAAAAUGAUCAAUAAUGUUAGUAUUAUAUAUUAUGUAUCUAAAAAAGAAAUUUAUAUCUAUAUUUUUUAGAAAUGUGUGAUCAAUAUUACUAUUUUGGCUUCUUGUAAUACCAUUAAUACCAGAGAAAAAUAUGUCUUUAUUCAUUAAGUUUAGAUAGUUCAUUAUAGUAGUUAUAAAUUAUUAAUUAGUUAUUUGACAGAAUAUUAAUGUUAAUAUCCCCACAUAUAAAAUAUAAUUUAUCAAAAUUAUCAAGGGAAUCUAAAAAUCAUUCAACAUUAUAAUUUGUAUAUAAACAUGCUUGAUUUACAUAACUAUAUGAAACUAUCUUUAGCGUUUGGGGAAAGAAUUUGUUGGUUUUGAUUUAACUAUACUGAUUAUGGAAAUACUUAAUUAAAUAUAAUUAUAUUAUUUUUUUAAUUUAAAUAUUUGUUAAUUAAUAAAAAAUACUUUAUUAUUUAUUAGUAAUAUUUCAUAAAUUUUAUUACUAAUUGUUUAUUAAUUAUUAUACUUUUCAUUUGAAUGAAUUAAUUUUCUUUGAUAUCAUUCUUAACUUUUAUGUAAAAUUUGUUACAAGUUAAAUUAAAAUUUGUACAGACCAUCAAACCUUGUACUGUAUUUUCAUUCAUCCUACCCCUUUCAUCAGAUCAUAAGUUAUUCACAUGUUUACUCUCAGCCUCUAUUAACUGGGAUAAACUGAAUAACUGGGAGACAUUAGGACAUAUCUUUAAAACCAGUAUGAAUGGAAAGCCUAGUUAUAAUUAUGCCAGUUCAUAAUAAAUGAAUCACCCUGUAUACAAACACAUUUUAAAUUAUAAUAUAUACAUAAUGAAUAAUGAUGUUAGGCUAAAAUAAGUUUUUGAGUUAGUAAUAAAAUGUUAUGUUAAAAAAUGAUUACUGUUUGUUUUGAUUUUAGGAUUUGUCUUCACCAUUGACAAAAAAUAUAGUUCUUCAAGCACCAUUAGUUUCAUCACCCAUGGACACUGUUACUGAAUCAGAAAUGGCAAUUGCGAUGGCGGUAAAUAUAUAAAUGUUUUACAUAUUAUUUAGGUUAUAACAUACAGAUCAAAUGUACAAAAGCCUUAACUGUUGAUAGUCCAAAUAAUUUUAAAUUUAACAAUUUUAAUGACUAAUACCAAAUAUGUUUACAAUGAAGGAGCAAUAUUUAAAAUGCACAAUUAUCAUUAUCAAUAUAUUUUUUACAAACUGUCAUUUUCUAUUGUGUAUUAUUUUGCAAUAAAUUGAUAAAAUUUAAUUAAUACUAAACAUUUACAAAAUUGUAUUGAAUUACACUAAAAUAUAUAAAAAUAAUUAAAUUUUGUUACUUGUAUCUAACAUUUUUUUGUUUAUAACAUUGAUUUUAUCUUAAUUUAGUACUAUAUAUGUGCUUAGUAUUGCCCUGGUAUGUUUUUUUGGUAGAAUUCAAUCUAAGUGUAUAAAUUUCAUCAAUUUGUUUUUAAUAAAUGUUUACAAAAUAGUAAAAUACAUUAUGUACAUAUAAUCAUUUUUUUUUUGAAUUUAUAAAUGAUAUUUUUUUAUUAAUGGUAACAGGGUAGAAAAUAGUAAAAUUGAAUAAUUUAUUUUAAAUUUUAAGAUCAAAUUAAAUUAAUAUAUGUACAGAAAUGUAAUCAAAGUUAAAUCAAAAGGAAAAAAAAACAUGAAACGCAAAAUUAAAAAUAACAUAAAUUAAACCAAAAAAUGCUACACAUCUUACCUGGCAUGCCACUGACACUCUCAGACACUUUAUUUCUUAUUAUUGCUUCUCAAUGCUUACUGAAUACAAUAACUGGUUGCACAAUAUUUUGUUUAAAUUUUGCAUCAUACAAUAUGAUGUAUGAACAUUUAUAAUACUAUUACUUAUAUUUAGUUAUGAAAGUUUAAUUUUGAUUAGGAAAGUUUCCAUUAUAAACUUUAAAUUCAGAUUAUGUUGUAGCUUUGUGGUGGAAUUGGAAUCAUUCAUCAUAAUUGUUUACCUUCCUACCAAGCCAGUGAAGUGCUUAAAGUUAAAAAGUAUAAACAUGGAUUUAUUCGUGAUCCUGUGGUUAUAUCUCCAGAAUUAUUGGUAAACAUUUAAAAAUAAAAUAUGGUAAUAAUUUGACUAAAUUAAUUAUUUAUUUGUAUAGGUAUCUGAUGUUUUUCGAUUAAAAGAAGAACAUGGAUUUUGUGGUUUUCCUGUAACACAAAAUGGAAAUCUAGGAGAAAAAUUAAUUGGCAUUGUAACAUCUAGAGAUAUUGAUUUCCUUGAGGGAUCUGCUCAAUUGAACCAAUCUGUUAACUUGGUAAGUAUUUAUGCUAACCUAUUAUGCACCUGUCUGUUCACCACUCUUUACAAUUUUCUUUACAAUUUAUUCAUACUCAUAUACUUUUGCUCUAUAUUAACAAUAGCCCAAUUAAAUAGUAUCCUUUUAGGUUCAAAGGGAAGGAUCUAUUAGUUUCACUAUGAUAUAUGCUUUUUUUUUUCGUCUGAACAAUUUUUCUACCUAAAAUGUUUCUCCGAAAUAUCAUGUGUUUAUGAAAAAGUAAUUUUAUCUAGUUGGUGUAUUAGGGAGGUUAUUUUUGUUUAUAUUUUUCAAGGGAUUUUUAAAAUAAUUGGGAAAAUAUUUAAACAAAAUUGUUUACAGUUCCCCAAAAAUUAUAUUUUCUACCAGAAAUAUUGCUUGAAUUUAAAAAUGACAAGAAAUUGAUUUUGUUCCACUUAAAUCUAUCUAGCUACUGACAAAGAAAGUUAUUUUUUUUUUUUUUUUGAUAAUAUGUAGUUUCAGAACAAUUGGGGUAAACCAAUGAAAUAUGAAAAAUAUGAUAUUUUUUUUUCUUCAAAUUACUGCACAAUUUUAUUAUUUUAAAUUGUUAAGAUUAUUAUUUUCUAAAAGAAAAUUUUGUCUGGUUUGUGAAGUAAGAAAUUACCGUACAGUUUUAAUAAUAAUUACAAAAAAAUAUAGGAAAUAUAGUAAAGUCUAAAAUAUUAGGAUUCUUGUUGUUACUUAGUAAAAAAUUAUUGUAGAGACUUGUAGUUUUUAUAAAAUACUAAUAUUGGUCUUUUGUAAACAGGUAAUAGGUAACAUUUUCAAAACAUUUUAGCUAUUUAUAGAUAUUUGAUAUUUUUGUGUUUUUAUAUUGGUCAUUUAAAAAUAUAUAUGCAAUUUAUUACCCUUCCCUACUCCUGGGGUCUUAACAGUUAUAAUUCAUAAAUAGUUAAUCUGAUAUUAAUGUUAUGCAUAUAAAAAUAUCUAGAAAUAUAUUCUUCAUUCAUAUCUUUUUUAAAAAAAAAAUAAAUGUAUGUUUUUAUUUUAGUUGUGUAGUAGGGAUAAAGAAUUUAAAAUAAAAUAAAACUUAAACAAUUCCACAAUGAAGAAACUAAUUCACUUAAAACCUUCCAAGAAGAUUCCUAAUUCAUGAUAAAAAAAAAAAAGAGCUGAUACUAUGGAUGGGAGCAGCCACUGUUUGUAGGUGAGAAGUAGGAUAUAUAAGGUUAAAAUAAUGAAAUCGUUGAAUUUUACGGUUUCCUACAUUUUUCCCACUUAUGCUUUUACAUCUCCCACUUGCUUUUAUAUAAAAAAACUAAAAAUCAAAAAUGGCCUCUCUAUAAACAACUUCUCUGUACAAUUUAAGCGUUCAGAAAAAGUGCUACACUUAUAUAUCAGGGCAAGUUUACUAGAAAAAAGUGUUUAGACUAGAAAAAUAAAUAAAUAAACAGCUUUGUAAAACCAAUAGCUUCUUCUAUGUUUGGAAUUUAAAAGAUCAUAUUGUAUUAUAAUAUAACUUAACUAUUCAUAUUUCUAGGUAAUGACUAGAAUAGAAAAUAUAAUAUCAGCGAAAUCUGGUGUAACUUUAGAACAAGCCAAUAGCCUUUUAGAAAAUUCAAAAAAAGGAAAAUUACCCAUUUUGAAUGAAAAUGGUGAAUUAGUUGCUCUUAUUGCUAGAACAGAUUUGAAAAAGUCACGUAAUUUUCCAAAAGCAUCAAAAGAUGAAAACAAACAACUAUUAGUUGGUGCUGCUAUUGGGACACGGGAGGAUGAUAAAGAACGAUUACAUUUACUUCACCAAGCUGGAGCUGAUGUUAUAGUUUUGGUAAAAAAUACUCUAUUCAAAUUUUAGAUAUAAAUAUUUAAAAUAAUGUUAAUUUUUUUUUUUUUUAGGAUUCUUCCCAAGGAAAUUCAGUUUAUCAAAUUGGUAUGAUUAAAUAUAUUAAACAAAAUUUUCCUUCAUUACAAGUUAUUGCAGGAAAUGGUAAGAUGUUUUUAUCUUCUAUUUUGCAGUUAAUUGAUUUCCAUUUGCCUUUAUUUUAUAGUUGUGACUAAGGCUCAAGCUAAAUCACUCAUAAGUGCAGGUGCUGAUGGCUUACGUGUAGGUAUGGGGUGUGGUUCAAUUUGUACCACUCAGGAAGUAAUGGCUGUCGGUAGAGCUCAAGCUACUGCAGUUUAUAUGGUUUCCCAAUAUGCAUCAAAAUAUAAUGUGCCUGUUAUAGCUGAUGGUGGAAUACAAUCAAUUGGCCACAUCAUUAAAUCACUUUCACUGGGAGCAUCUACUGGUAAACAACUGAUUAUGAAACUUAACACCUAUUUAAAAGUUUGUGUAUAAGGUAUGUUACUAUCCUAGACAUAAAUUAGGUAACAACAUAAUUGUCAAUUUCAUGAAAGCCUAACAUUAGUUGACAAUCUAGUACUCAAUGCCUUUAGGCAUUAACAGACAAUGUUGUAAAAUUAAAAUACAGUAGAAUAUUGGUUUUCAUGAACACUCAAUUAUCUGAUGUAUCCAAAUGUUAUCACUGGUAUUAUCAAUGUUUUUAUGAUUUUGGUUGUAAAUUAAUAAAAAAAAAAAGGAUGGACAUACUUUGUAUGUGGGUGUAGCCUAGAGUGGCCAGAUUUAAUUUUUAGAAAUCCGGGACACCAAAAUUCAUAAAAAAUAGGUAAUUAUAUAGUAAGUAUAUAAUUACAUAGGUAUUUGUAUAUAACUUUUAGGUAUAAAUAAUAUUCAAAUUAAUUAAUUAGAUAGGUCAUCUUUAUUUAAUUAACACUCAAAAUUCAAAUAAAAAUAAUAAUACAAUUUCCAGUCGUUGAGAUAAAUAUACUAAUCUAGGUAGAAUUUACUGAUUUAUUAUUUUUCUUUAUUUUUGUCGUCCAAGGAGACCUUAUAUUUUUCAGUGCUGUGUAUUUUCUNGAUUUUUUAUUAUUUCAUUGUAAAAUUCAAUGCAACUCAAGCCAUAUGUUUUUGUUAUCAGACAACAUUCUAUUGUUUUAGUAUCCAUUUGAUUUCGAACAUCAGUCCAAGUAGUUGUCAUUAAAGAAAAUACUCCCUCUAUUGAUGCGUUUUACCCAGGUAAACAAAAUGCAAACUCUACAACCAUUGCAAGAUUUGAUACAUUUACAUAUUUUUCUUUAAAUAUAUUAAAUAUUUGUACCCAUUUUUGUUCUACUGAAAUAACAUUUUUUGUCCAGUCAUCAAAUUUGUCUUGAAAAAUGUUUAUAAAAGCCAUAAACUCAUCAAAGUAUUCAUCUUCAUUAACUUUAACAUAUUUUGAUAUCAUCUUUAUUGUAUUUUUGUUUGUUAAGUGCAACCAAUUUAAUUCAACCAUCAGUGCCUGGUUAGGUAACUUUUGUCCACUUUUGAAUAUAUGAUAUACAUAAAUCGUAAAACUUUUGACAAUUUAUAUCAAAUUCUUUUUUAACUAAAUAACUCUCUUCUUCAAUAGAAUCAAUUAUUAUCUCCAUUUCAUUAUUAAUAAAAUGUUCAUUCUUUCUGUUUUUUAAAUUAUUUAAUAAACUGUUUAAUAUAUCAAUUAAUUCAAAUGCCGACAUUUUUUCCCCUUCAAUUUUUUGAAUAUAGUUAUUGAACAGUUUAAGCAUACUUUGUAUAAAUUUCAUAUAUAAUAGAGCAGUGACGUUUUGAAAAAAGUCAACCAAUAUCUUAGGACUCGAAUCUUGUGAAAGAAAAUAUGACUUUAAGCCAUCAAACAUUAAAAUAAUUCUGUUAAUUGCAGGAGACAGUGAUAGCCAUCUAGUUUUGGCAUGUGAUAAAAUAUCACGGUAUUGGAAAUUAGCAAAAUCGCAAAAUUCUUUUCAUUUUUUUACCCGCACCAUAUAAAUGUGGAAAUAUCCAAAAAGUUUAACUGUAAUAGCUUCUGCGUCAAUAGGUAAAUUAUCUGACGCGAUCUGUACAGCGUUAUGUAAGAUAUGAGCGUUGCAACCUAAUCCAAGUAUAUCUUUUUUUAAUUCUGUCUGAAGUUUUGGGUGCAUGUUAUCUUUUCCUUUUCUAUUUAAUCCACCAAAAUUAGUGUUUUUAUUAUCAGCUGACAGUGCAACAAUUUUUCGUUUUAAUCCGAAUUUAGUAAGAACGUCAAUNUUUUUUACACCAACAUGAAGUAAAAAAUAACGGACUACAACAGGUACUAGUUUAAUUGCUUUGUGGUUGGAACCGUCAACUAAAACAGAUACAUAAUUCGCAAAAGAUAGUUCUUUUAAAGUAUUAUCAACUAUGUAAGGGCAAAUAACAUUGACAACUAUUUCCCUGGUUUUUAUAUUUGCACACAUGAAUUUUUUGUUGUUUAAACAUUGACGAAUCAAUUCCGAUGUACAAGACAUGUACAAACUGUGAUUGUGAAUUACUGUAUGAUACACAAAAGUAGCUUCAUGGGCGGCUAACAAAAAAUCAUUUUCAGUAGGAACCAAAGCAGAAAAAUAGUUGGAAACUUUACCAGAUUGGACCGAUGAUAUUGUAGCUAACUUAUGUUUUUGCGUUUUGAGGUGAUCGUUUAUGUCCAUAAUCCACCAUGACUUACUGAAAAAGUUCCAUGGCAAGUUGUACACUGUACAUUGAAAUCGUCAGUAGAUUAAGUUUUUUAAUAAAUGGGAAAUCAUUUUGCAACUUUUCGUUAAAAUGACAAAGUCUUUUAGGCGGCAUAGUCACUACGUAAAAAAAUGAACUGUAUAAAAUUAUGACACUGUAAAUUAUAAAUACGUACCAAGCUGUUGAUAAAUUUUGCACUAGCGUACAACUUGUAUCGUCAACAAAUAACUGUUAACUAAUGUAUAAUGUAUAGACUAUAGGUCUAUAGGCAGUAAGUUAGCUAAAUUCAGAAAGCGAUUAUAACUGUGAUUGUCGUACAUUCCGACAUUAUCCGUAUAUUAUCGAAAUAAUUUACGAUUAGGAUUUGUUCAAAUUAAAUCUAUAACCGAGUAAGCAAAAGAAAUACCAAUUUAAAAAUGAUUUUAAUUUCCGGGACAUUACUAUGCAAAAGUCCAAACCCGGUACAAAUCGGUGUCCCGAGAAUGUACAUGUAUGUACCUAUAAUUAUACACAUUAUCUAAUGUCCAUGUUAUAUUUUAUAAAAAGAAUAGGUAUGUAUUUUGUAAAAAUUCCCAGUAUUUGAACUAGGAGUGGUGCCAAUUAGUUAGGAUAAUCAACAUUCUAUUGUAUUUUGUUAAUGCUUACAAUUAUGAUUAGGACAUUUUGUUUUAGAUUAGAAAUUUAAAAUAACGAUACACAGUGUAGAUUCUACACUGUAGAACAUACUCAACCUAUUAUAUAUAAUAUUAAGUUAACAAAUUAAAUUGAAUUAUUUUGUUUUACAAUAUCAUUUGCUAUGACUAUAGCUGAUUUAUAUUCUAUUCUUAAAAAUUUAAUAUUCUUUAAAAAUAUUAGUAAAAUAGGUAGGUGCAAAAAAAAUUAACAAAAUAACAUUAUUAAAAAAUUAUAAACUGAUUCUUUUAGAUCAUUGUUUAAAUAUUAUUAAAAUAAAACUGUUAGUACUAAUUAGAUAAACAGAUUUUUACUGCAAUUCUCUUUCUAAUACAACAAACAAAUUGAAUAAAUAUUUUUAUCAACUAUGACUGAAAAUAAUGAACAUAAACAUUAUUUCCUAUACUGUAUAGUCAGAAUUUAACAACAUUAAUUGAAUGUGAAUUUCAUUGAGUUAGACAGUUUACCAGUCAAGUAUGGUAUAAUAUUAUGAUAGUAAAAUUAUUAAAAUUAAUUUGUGGUUAAUUGAUCAAUUUCUUGCUUUGUCAAUCCUACAUUUCAUCAAUAUUAAUUCAAUUUUUUUUUUUUUAGUUAUGAUGGGUUCAAUGUUAGCUGGCACAUCUGAGUCGCCUGGAGAAUAUUUUUUCUCUGAUGGUGUCAGACUAAAGAAAUACCGUGGCAUGGGUAGCUUGGAGGCAAUGAACAGAAAAGAUGCUAAAGGAUCUGCAUUAAACAGAUAUUUCCAUAGGUACAAAUUGUAUUUUAAUAAUAAUAAUAAUAAUAGUAAUAAUAGUAAUAAUAAUUUUUUUUUAACAGUGAAAAAGAUUCCUUAAAAGUAGCACAAGGUGUUAGCGGAACAAUUGUGGACAAAGGAUCAGCUCUCCGAUUUUUACCAUACAUACAGUGUGGUCUAAGGCAUAGUUGCCAAGAUAUUGGAACUAAGUCACUAAAAAAUCUCAGAGCUAUGAUGCUGUCUGGUGAAUUAAGAUUUGAAAGACGUACACAUUCAGCUCAACUGGAAGGAAAUGUUCAUGGUUUAUUUUCAUAUGAAAAAAGAUUGUUUUAA